AUGUCCAAACUUGAUUUCACUGGCCAUACUGUCGUCGUUACUGGCGCCGGAGGAGGCCUUGGAAGGACAUACUCUCUUGCAUUUGCCGCUCGAGGAGCAAAUGUCGUUGUGAAUGAUGUUAGCAAGGAGAACGCUGAGCGUGUUGUUGCCGAGAUCAAGAAAGCUGGAGGCAAGGCAGUCUCCAACACUUCCUCCGUAACUGAUGGUGCUGCCGUGAUAAAGACCGCGCUCGAUACCUUUGGUGGUGUUACCAUUCUUAUCAAUAAUGCUGGUAUCCUAAGGGACAAGUCGUUCAAGAACAUGUCAGAUCAGGCAACUUGGCCGCACUUCCGCAAGCAAAAGUUUGGUCGUGUGAUUAACACCGCCAGCGCUGCUGGGCUCUAUGGUAACAUGGGCCAGGCAAACUAUGCGGCAGCCAAGAUGGGUCUUGUUGCCUUUACUCGCACGCUUGCUUUCGAGGGUGCCAAGUAUGGCAUCAAAGCAUCCUGCAUUGCACCUAUGGCCGCAUCUAAAAUGACUGAGACUAUUAUGCCUCCUGAGAUGCUCGCUGGCCUCAAGCCCGAAUUUGUCGCGCCCCUUGUCCUCGCUCUUACCCAUCCUUCCGGCCCAGAGGCAUCCGGAAAGACAUUUGAGGUUGGCGCUGGCUACGUUGCUGAGAUCCGAUGGGAACGCUCUCAAGGACACAUUUUCCGUGCCGAUGCUACCUUUACCCCCAGUGCGGUCCGACAUGCGUUCUCUUCAAUCACCGAUUUUAAAUCGCGCAAGCCCGAUCAUCCUAACAGCAUGGGGGAUCGGGACAUGGUAAAAACCCUCGAAGCAGCCAAGAACGCAGGGCCAAAUGACCAGGGAGACGUCAAGGUCGAGUACAAGGGCCAGACCGUCAUCAUUACUGGUGCUGGCGCCGGUCUUGGACGUGCCUAUGCGCUGAUGUUUGGUAAACUUGGUGCCAACGUCGUCGUCAACGAUGUUUCCGAGGCAGCUGCAAAGAAGGUAGCCGAUGAGGUCACCAAGGCUGGCCCCGGCAAGGCUGUAACCGUCGUAUGCAGUGCCGAGGACGGCGAGGCGAUCGUCAAGGGGGCGAUCGAUGCGUUUGGAAGUGUCCACAUUCUCAUUGCAAAUGCCGGGAUCCUGAGGGACAAGAGCUUCACAGCGAUGUCCGAGAAAGAAUGGAUGGAUGUUUUGGCUGUUCACUUGCGUGGUACUUACAAGUGUGCCAAGGCUGUGUGGCCAGUCUUCCAAAAGCAGAAGUACGGACGUAUCGUUACUACUGCGUCUGGAGUUGGCAUCUAUGGUAAUUUUGGACAGGCCAACUACUCGACUGCCAAAGCUGCUAUCAUUGGUCUCACGCGAACACUCGCCAUUGAGGGAUCUCGCUAUGGCAUUCUCUCUAACUGCAUUGCCCCUUCGGCUGGUACGGCUAUGACGGCAACUAUCUGGCCUGAGGAAAUGGUAAAAGCAUUCUCUCCAGACUAUGUAGCGCCAUUAGUCGGCUAUCUCGCUAGCAAGGACAACGAGGCAACCACCGGUGCGUUAUUCGAGGUCACUGGCGGUUGGGCAGCCCAGACUAGGUGGCAACGCGCUGGAGGACAUGGUUUCCCUCAGAAUAAGGAAUUGACUCCCGAAGCUAUCCUCUCCAAGUGGAAAGUUAUUACUAACUUUGAUGAUGGACGUGCCACCUACCCCACUUCGACUCAGGAGGCCAUCCAACAGAUUGUUGAAAACUUCUCCAACAAGACCUCGGAGUCCGCCUCUGCAGACGGUGAAGACCCAGCUGUGAUCGUCGAGGCUAAGAACGAGAAGCGUGAGCCAGUCGAAUUCGAAUACACUGAACGUGAUGUUAUUCUGUACAACUUGGGCAUCGGUGCCACCGAGAAGGAGCUUCAGUGGACUUUUGAAAGCAGCGAGAAUUUCCAAGCACUCCCUACAUUUGGCGUCAUUCCCCAAUUCGGAGCUAGCUCUGCGAUGAGCUAUGACUUUAUUCCUAACUUCAACCCCGCGAAGCUUCUGCACGGAGAGCAGUACCUCGCUAUCAAGGGACCUAUUCCUACUAGCGGGACCCUCGUGAACCACGUACGAUUGAUUGAAGUUUUGGACAAGGGAAAGGCUGCGGCUGUCACAGUGGCUGUGGAUACUAUCGACAAGGACACAGGGAAGCCGGUGUUUGAGAAUCAGUCGACAGUGUUCUUGCGCGGCUCGGGUGGGUUCGGAGGAAAGAAGAAGGGUAGCGGUAAACCGUGGUGCCGCAACUGCCCCAAUACCCCUCCCAAGCGUGCUCCUGAUGCUGUGGUUGAAGAGAAGACGGACGAGAAGCAGGCCGCACUUUACAGGUUGAGCGGUGAUCUUAACCCCUUGCACAUCGAGCCCGAGUUCGCAGCCGCCGGUGGAUUCCCCAAGCCAAUCCUUCAUGGCCUCUGCUUCCUCGGAUUCUCAGGCAAGCACAUCUUGAAGACGUUUGGUCCCUGGAAGGACAUCAAAGUCAGAUUUGCUGGAUCGGUUUACCCAGGCGAGACCCUCGUUACUGAGAUGUGGAAGGAAGGGAACAAGGUCAUCUUCACUACCAAAACCAAGGAGCGGGGCGCAAUUGUGCUAUCGGCCGCGGCUGCAACCUUGGUUGAGCAAGGGGCCGGAAAAGCAAAGCUCUGA